UUCAUCCAAGUUCCAAAACCCUAGCUAGCUAGUGCAGUUGAGUGGAUCAGUUUGUUCUUUAAGGUAAGAUAUGGUGGCUCAUGUUCUAGUAUUCCCUUUCCCAGCCCAGGGUCACUUGAACAGCAUGCUCAAGUUGGCGGAGCUCUUAUACCUCUCCGGUUUCCACAUCACCUUCCUUACCACAGAGUACGACCACCACCGGCUUUGCCUCCACUCCCCAGCUCACUCCCGUCUAUCCCGUCUCCCGGGAUUUUGGUUCCGCUCCAUCUCUGAUGGUCUCCCUGAUCAACAACCCCGUUCAGCCUCUCGUCUCAUCGAACUCUAUAACUCACUGACUCACAACUCAAGCUCUCUGUUCCGAGACUUUCUGAACUCAAACCUGAGCCAAAGUCAGGAUGCAGGAUGGUCACGUAUCACAUGUCUAGUGGUGGACGGGGUCAUGCCCUUUGCCAUGGAUGCAGCCACUGAUUUGGGAAUACCAACCAUUACUUUUCGCACCUCAAGUCCUUGUAGCAUCUGGACCUACUUCUGUCUUCCUAAACUCGUAGAGGCGGGAGAGUAUCCUUUCCCAGAGGGAGCUGAUUUAGAUGAGAGGGUAUAUGCUGUGAGUGGUAUGGAGAGCUUCCUGCGGCGUAGGGACCUCCCUAGCUGUUUCAGAGAGGCUAGAGACGUGAGUGACCCGAGACUUGAUGUCGUUUAUAUGGUCACAGUUAGCACGACACGCGCAAAAGGCUUCAUCCUCAACACCUUCGAAGCUAUGGACAGCACUGUGCUAUCCCAUAUCCGCACCGUUUGUCCGACCACCUACGUCAUUGGGCCUCUCCACUGCAUGCUCCAAAACAUGAGAUCCCGCAUGUUAAGCAAUACACAAAGCGGCGAAACGUCAAGUAAUUCGGCAAAUUUAUGGCAGGAAGAUAGGAGUUGCUUGCCCUGGCUUGACAAACAACCAAAGGGUUCUGUGUUGUAUGUGAGUUUUGGUAGCUUCACUGUGAUAACAAAUGAGGAUCUGAUGGAGUUUUGGCAUGGGUUAGUCAACUCUGGUCAACGUUUUCUAUGGGUAAUACGGCCAGAUUUAGUCAAUGGGGUUGAGGACGGGGAAGGCCAGCCUACAUCAGUACCACCGGAGCUGGAGGCGGGGACAAGUGAAAGGGGGUACCUUGUUGCGUGGGCGCCACAGGAAGAGGUGCUGGCUCAUCCCUCAAUCGGUUGCUUCUUGACGCAUAGUGGUUGGAACUCAAGCUUAGAGAGUGCGGUGUCUGGAGUACCAAUGAUAUGUUGGCCAUUCUUUGCGGAUCAGCACACCACUAGCAGGUUUGUCAGUGAAGUGUGGAAGAUUGGGCUGGACAUGAAGGAUAAGCAUGGGAGGGAGAUUGUGGAGACAAUAGUGAGGGAUGCCAUGGAAGGAGAGAGCGCCCAGGAGUUGAGGAGAUCAGCAGCAGCAAUGGCGGAGAAGGCCAGGGAGAGCAUUGCAGAAGGAGGGUCAUCCUAUUUGGACUUUCAGACAUUAGUGCGUUACAUCAAGUCCACUGACCAGGGAGACGGAUGAAUAAUAUAUAGAUCAUGAUCGCCUUAUAAUUAGUUCACUGUCCUGCAUGCAUGCCUUUUAUGAUAUGAUGUUGAUGUAUAUAUGUCACUACUGGAGUUGGUUUUAAAAUCUACAGCUGUACCUAGU